CGGGCGUCGUAGUAGUCGCGCGGGAUGCUGGGAAAUGUAGUUCGUGUGGGUCGGAGCCCAGCUCCGCUGCCGGGGUGAAGCGCUUCACCCGAGCGGGUCGCGCCCUGCCUGCCCGCUUCCUCUGCUCGGAAAUAUUAUAAAUUUAAUAUGGCACCCAUUUUAGAUUGGAAGAAGCUCAUGAAAGUUGAUCCAGAUGCUCUGCCUCAGCAAGAGGAACUAGUGGACAGAUGGCUAGAGACUGUAUCAGAGGUUGAUGAGAAAGACCUAAAAAGGGGAACUCCAGAACAACUGAUACACCUUUUUAAGAUUACUCAGUCAUUAAUGAAGAUGAAGGCUCAAGAGGCAGUGCUAGCAAUAGAAGAAGUUGACAGAGCUGGGGAAGAGCAGGCCAAAUGUGAAAAUGAAUUUAAAACAAAGAUGAUGAAACUUCAAAAUGAAUUAGAGAGGGCACUUGGAUCUGCUGGUGGUCGUGAUACUCGUUUUUUGCGUGAUGAGAUUUGCCAACUGGAAAACCAAUUAGAACAGAAAGAGAGACAGUUAACAGCUGUAGAAAAAGAAUUGGAAAAAGAGAAGAAGGUGAAUGAACAGCUUGCUCUUAGAAUUGAAGAUGCUGAAAAUGAAAAUAUCAAGUUAAAGAGAGAGAAUGAUCAAUUACGUCAGGAUGUCGUUGACUAUCAGAGGCAAAUAGAUUCUCAAAAAGAAGCAGUUCUGUUACGAAGAGGAGAAGAUUCUGAUUACAGAUCACAGUUGUCCAAAAAGAAUUUUGAGCUUGUCCAAUGUUUGGAUGAAAUUCAGAAUUUAACUGAAACUAAUGAAAAGUUAGACAUUCAAAACCAAGAAAUGAGGAAGAAUCUUGAGGAAUCAGUGCAAGAAAUGGAAAAGAUGACUGAUGAAUAUAAUAAAAUGAAGCGAAUAGUGCAACAAUCUGAUAUUGUUAUGGAUCAGUUAAGAAAAGAGAAUGAGCAGUACAAAUUUCAAGUUCAGGAGCUUUCAGACCAGCUGAAAGCAAAGAAUGAGGAGGACGAUCCACUCAUGGCAGCUGUAAAUGCAAAAGUUGAAGAAUGGAAGAAAAUCUUAGCUUCUAAAGAUGAUGAACUUCUGGAGUAUCAGCAAAUGUUGUUUCACUUGAAUGAGAAAAUUAAACUAUUCCAACUUGAUGUAGACAGAAACAGCAUAGUGACCCUUCAGCAGGGAAUACAAGACCGAGAUGCUCAGAUAAGAUUACUUACUGAGCAAGUUGAACAAUAUACUAAAGAAAUGGAAAAAAAUGCAUUUCUUAUGGAGGAAUUAAAAAAUGAUCUCCAAAAAGGUAAAGGUCACUCAUCUGUUGCUCAGCAGAAUCGGAUUGGGGAUGUGCAGGAAAAGUUAAAAAUGUUAGAAGAGAGAACUAAGGAGGCCGAGAAAUCAGCAGAAUUAGCAGAAGCAGAUGCCAGAGAGAAGGACAAACAGCUUGUUGAAGCUCUGAAAAGAAUGAAACUCUAUGAACUGGGUGUAUAUGGUUUAGAAGAGGCUGUUGCUGAAAUAAAAGAUUUAGAAAAGGAGAUCAAAAUACGAGAUAAUAAGAUCGAAACGUUAAUUAAGGAAGUCAAUAAACUUGAACUUAAAAUAAAUGAUUUUCUUGAUGAAAAUGAAGAACUUAGAGAGCGCUUAGGUCUUGAGCCAAAGACAAUGAUUGAUUUAAAUGAAUUUAGAAGCAGCAAAACACUGAAGCAACAGCAAUAUAGAGCUGAAAACCAGAUUCUUUUGCAAGAGAUUGAAAGACUAGAAGAGGAAAGAAUUGAGCUGAAACAACAGGUUCGUAAUUUGGCUAAGGAGAAAGGAAGAAGAGUUGCAACAAUAGGAUUGGAUCCUGGUGACGUGGAGAUGACUGAUAGCUUUACUGAAGAGAAGGGAAUGAAUAAGAGGAAGUUGGAUUUCCUGAACGGACAUGAUGUUGCUGAGGUAAAAGCAAAGAAUGAGUAUCUUGCAAAUGAAUUAAGUGAGAGAGAGAGAGAUUUGGAGAAGAACAGAACUGUAAUAGCUAAAUUUCAAUGUAAAUUAAAAGAAUUAUCAGAAGAGAAUAAACAACUUGAACAAGGAAUGAAAGAAAUAUUGCAAGCUGUCAAGGAAAUGCAGAAGGAUUCUAGUAUAAAGGGAGGAGAAACAGCCUUAAUAAUCCCUAGUCUGGAUCGUUUAGUUAACGCAAUGGAGUCAAAGAAUUCAGAAGGAAACUUUGAUGUUCAAGUGCACUUGAAAACCCAGGUUGACCAGCUUACAGGACGAAAUGAAGAAUUAAGACAGGAACUGAAACAGACUCAGAAAGAAGCAGCAAAUUUCUCUAAUCAGCUGGCAACUGCAAAUGAAAAGAUUGCAGAACUGAAGAAUGAAAUUUCCUUAUUACGUGAAUCAGAAGGUGCCAACGUUGUCUUCCGAACAGUGAACCUUCCAGAAGGAAUGGUUCCUUCCAGCGUUAAUAUGAUUAAUUCUCUGAAUGAAUAUUUAAUACAUCUUAUACAGGAACUGGAAAAUAAAGAACAGUUACUUAAACAAUUAGAAGAUGCAGUGGAGAACUAUAAACGAAAAUUUGCAGUAAUUCGUCAUCAACAAGGAUUGCUGUAUAAAGAAUAUCAAAGUCAAAAGGAAAGCUGGCAGAAAGAAUCAGAAAAUAUGAAGGAGGAAAAGAAAAAGCUAGAAGAGCAAAAAGAACAGGAUGCUACAAAAAUAAAGGCAUACUCUAAUUUACUCAAUGCACUUCAGCUGGAUCCUGAUGAAACAAAAAAAGUACUUGCAGAAAAUAAUAGAAAAAUAACUGUUUUACGAGUUAAUGAAAGGUCACUAACAAGGCAGUAUACCACUUUACUUGAAACGGAACGGCAUCUUAGACAAGAAAAUGAGAAACUCAGGAGUGAAAUAACACAUAUGGAGACUGCAGUUAUAGGGAAGAUUGGAAACUUGCAACGAUUCAAGGAAAUGGCUAACUUUAAGAUUGCAGCUCUGCAAAAAGUGUUGGAUCAUAGUGUGCCAUUGUCUGAGCUAGAACUGGCUAAUAAGCAGUAUAAUGCAUUAACUGCUAAAUACAGAGAUAUGUUGCAAAAAGAUAACUUGCUCGUCCAGCAGACAACAAACAUGGAACAUGUGGAGCGUGAGAAUGAAUCCUUGAAAGCACAGAUAAAUUUAUUGAAUCAAGAAUUGGAGAUCACGAAGGAGAAACUUCACACUGUAGAACAGGCUUGGGAGCAGAUGACUAAACUGGGGGAUGACAAUGCCAUGGACAAGGCCACAAAAGCAAUAACCAACAGUGAGAUUUUGUCCAUUUCUAAGAAAAUCACAAUGUUGGAAAUGAAGGAACUAAAUGAAAGACAGAGAGCAGAACAUUCACAACGAAUGUAUGAACAUCUAAGGAAUACUGUAAAGCAAAUAGAAGAACGUAAUUUUGAACUGGAAACAAAAUUUGCUGAGCUCACCAAAAUCAACCUUGAGGCACAGAAAGUGGAACAGGAAUUAAGAGAUGAACUUUCAAAGAGUGUGAGUAAGGCAGUAAGUGAUGCAGACAGACAACAAAUAAUGGACCUAGAAAAGCGUGAGAUGGAGCUCAAGAUUGAAGUAUCGAAGUUAAGGGAACUGUCUGAUGUAGCAAAAAUGCAAGUUGAUGCUUUGGAGGCACGCCAACAAUACAGAGAUAAGGAAGUGGAAUCUCUUAGAAUGGAAAUUCUAGACUACCAGGCACAGUCAGAUGAAAAAGCAGUUAUUGCAAAACUGCAUCAACGUAUCGUAGCCCUUGAGGGUAGUGAAUCUUUUGCUGUAGGCAAGUUGGAAACGCUUAAAUCGAAAUUACAGAAGGUGGAGAUCCAUAAUCUACGUUUAGAGCAGAAGCUUGAUGAGAAAGAGCAAGCCUUAUAUUUUGCCCGACUGGAAGGAAGAAAUCGAGCUAAACAUCUACAACAGACAGUUCAGUCUUUGCGACGACAGUUUAGUGGUGCUCUGCCUUUAGCACAGCAAGAAAAAAUCUCUAAAACAGUUAUUCAGCUACAGAAUGACAAACUGAAGGUCCUGGAAGAAGUUCAGCAUGCCCAGCAGGAGCGUCGAAAUGCAGAAAACAGAGCAUUAGAGGCAGACUUAAAACUGAAGAGUUUAGAAGAAUUAUUAAGUGCAUUGAAGGAUACAAGAGGAGCUCAAAAGGUAAUUGAAUGGCAUAUGAAGAUGGAGGAACUCCGUCUGCAGGAACUGAAACUCAAUCGAGAGUUAGUCAAGCAAAAGGAAGAGGUGAAGUAUUUGCAUAAUAUAAUUUCUGAAUAUGAACGUACAAUCAACACACUGGAAGAAGAAAUUGUUCAGCAGAACAAGUUUCACGAAGAAAGGCAAAUGUCUUGGGACCAGAGGGAAGUAGAACUGCAGCGCCAAUUAGACCAGUAUGAUCAUCAACAAAAUGAAACCCUUAAUACAGUUCUAAAGUUUGAAGAGGCUGCAGGAUCAGUUCCAGACUCUAGUCUGCCAAUCCCACAACAACUAGAGUUGGCUUUGAGAAAGAUUCAGGAGCAUAUUCGAAUAGUCCUGGAAACUAGGGCAACCUGCAAAUCACUGGAGGAGAAAUUAAAAGAAAAGGAAGCUGCUCUGUGGAAAGCUGAACAAAAUGUUAUAUCGAGAGACAAAAUUAUAAAUGAACUAAGACUUCAGUUACCUGGAACAUCAGAAAGAGAGAAAAUAAUGGCUGAACUAAGCAAACAAGAAGAUGAUCCAGAAUCGUAUCACACUGCAAAAAUUGUUCAUCAGACCAUUGCAAAUAUGCAAGCAAGAUUAAAUCAAAAGGAAGAAGUGUUAAAAAAAUACCAACAAUUGCUUGCUAAAGCAAGAGAGGAACAAGAGGAAACAGCAAAGAAGAAUGAGGAAGACCUUAGAGUUCUACAACAGAAGUUAAAUUUGCAUACCGAUAAUUCCCUUAAUAAAGUCAAACAGACUGCUUUGGAGCUAGUGAAACAGUCUUCGUUAUCAUCUAGCAACAAACAGUUUCUCCGCUUAGCUGAAAUGGAGCGAACUGUAGCAGAACAGGAUAAUUCUCUUGCUUCCCUUGUUGUAAAAUUAAAGAAAACAUCAUCUGAUUUGAAGAAACAAAAACUAAUUACUUUAAUGAAAGUCAAAGAGUUUGAGACUAUCAGAGCCCAGCUUCAGGAAAAGCACACAGUUGAUGUGCAACAACUUAAAGAAGAAGCAAAUGGAUUGAGGAACAAGUUAUUUCAGAUGGAGAUGGAAUUAGCAAAUGUAAAAACUGAACUAGAGGUCCAGAAAGAAGCAAAUAAUAGAGCACCCACAGUAACACUGAAGAACCUGGUGGAACAGCUGAAGAGCCAGUUAGCCAUAAAAGAGAAGCAACAGAAAGCUUUGAGUAAAGCACUUCUGGAACUCCGAGCAGAAAUGACUGCUAAUGCUGAACAGCAGAUUAUUUCUGCUGCAUCACAAAAAGAGGCAUAUAUGAAUGUCCAGGAGAUUGUUGACAGGCAAACAAAGGGGCUUACGACACAGAUAGAGGAAUUAAAUAAUGAGAUUACAAAACUUACAGAAAACCUUAAAAUAAGUAAAACCAGGGAAAGUUCUUUGUCCAGUGAAAGGGAUGAGUUGAGCCAAGAACUUCAGAAGAAACAAAAAGCAUUCGAUAAAAUGCAGGUGGAGAAAAAUGAAAUGGAAAAGGAAAAUGAAGAACUGAAGAAACGGGUUAAGAGGCUAAGCAGUAGCAUUCAGAGCAAAGCCGAUGAACAAAAUCUGGUCGAUGCACUUCAGAAAAAAAUUAAGAAGUUGGAAAGUGAACUCGAGAAGAAGUGUGAAACAGAAAAAAAAGAUGUAAGGGAAGACAAGACCUCGAAGGAGGAAAUUAUUAGAUGGGAAGAAGGUAAAAAGUGGCAAAUCAGAAUGGAAGGAUUGCGGAACAAACUAAGGGAAAAGGAAAAAGAAGCAGAUGCUUUAGCCAAACAGUUGAAUACCUUGAAGGAAAUUUGUACAAAGACUGAAAAAGAGAAAAGUGCUCUACAAAAGAAACUGAAAACCACUGGUGUCACUGUUGACCGUGUUGUUGGAGUAAGAGCCUCAGAGACUGAAAAAGAACUGGAAGAACUACGAAAAAGGAACCUAGAUUUAGAAAAUGAAAUUGCUCACAUGAGAACACAGCAAGCAAUCCCACGAGAUUCUGUUGUAGAAGAAUUACAUUUCAAAAAUCAAUAUCUCCAGGAAAUGAUUCAUGCAUUACGGAGACAGUGUUCAAGAGAGACAUAUUCUAGACCCUCGUCUGUUCCUAUCAGUGUCAGUAGACAAAAAUUUUUGAAUUCCCUUCAAAAGAAAUCAGUUUCAAAUAGGGAUGAAAUCAAACAUCAGACUAAUCAUAGCAUUACUGAUGGCAAUGAAAUAGAUGUGGAAGCAGACAUGCAAACAUGCAUCGUGCCUAAUGAAGGCCAUGAAGCUACUGUGGAUUCAAGCACGGAAGACAAGGACGCAGACGUUUCUAGAGAAGGACUGAAAAACAAAAAUGUAACUGAAGCUGAUAAAGAGAACUGCAGUGAAAGAGAAGAAAAUAUAACCCAACCUGAAAAUGAAAAACUUGAGGAAUUUGAAGAAGAGGAGAAGCAAGAAAUACUGAAGCAAUCAAAUGUUGAUGAAGAAGAAUGUGUAGAAGAGCCUUAUACUGACAGAAUGAGCUGCAAUCAGUCUGAUUCAGGGGAACCUUCUCUUCAAGCUAAUGGCUAUGAAGCAGAAAAAAUAAAUGUGAAUAAUGAAAUUAAUCAAGACACUGCAGAGGAUACAGACGAAACUUGCCAGAGUGGUGCAGAGGGGGUUGAAAGAACUCUGGAAUUUUGUGAAAUGCCUGAGACAUCAGGAAUUGGGUCAGAUGAUCAAUAUCGAAGAGAACAAGAAGUUUUAAAGGAAAAUUUAAGAUUGUCAUCUGAAAAUGUUGAGCUAAGAUUCCAGCUAGAACAGGCCAAUAAAGAUCUGCCAAGAUUAAAGGACCAAGUAGGUGACUUAAAAGAAAUGUGUGAACUUCUCAAGAAAGAGAAAGCAGAUAUUGAACGAAAGCUGGGCAGCAUUAGAGGGGCUGGUAGAAGUGGAAAGACAGUGCCAGAAUUGGAAAAAACAAUUGGUUUGAUGAAAAAGGUUGUAGAGAGAGUCCAAAGAGAAAACGAAGAUCUGAAAAAAGCUCCAGCUGUGGUUUCUAAUGAGAAACUACUUAGUCUUGAACAGGAAAAUGAGAGGCUGAAGUCUGAAAUGGAAAAAAUGGAACUUCAUCUGGAGGGCCAGCUGAGUUUGCAUUAUGAAUCUAAAACCAAAGGAAUGGAAAAAGUCAUUGCUGAAAACGAGAGGCUGCGUAAAGAACUGAAAAAGGAAGCUGACAGUGGAGAGAAGCUACGAAUAGCAAAGAAUAACUUGGAGAUAUUAAAUGAGAAGUUAACCGUACAGCUGGCUGAAACCAUUAAGAGGCUAAAUUUAGCUGAGAGCCAGUUUGAUGAAGCUGACAGCAAAAGUUGGAGGUCCAUUGCUCUAACAAGGAUGCACGAAAGUAAGAUGAAAGAAAUGGAAAUGGAUAUUGCUAAAAAAACCCAAACCAUUACUGAACUUAAACGGCUGCUUCAGGAAGCCACAGAACGUGAGCACAAUGCUGAUAAAAACUUACAAGAUCUGAAAGAGCAAAUUGAGUGUCUCAAACACUUUCCUGAAGGUGCAAGGACAGAGGAAAGCUUCAUCAGGGAACUUCAGCUUUUAAGAUCAACUAAUAAUCAAUUAGAGAAAGAAAAAGCAGAACUAGCUCACCAGGUGGAACAUUGUAAGCACCACAGACACAUAUAUACAAGUGAAGGUCCUGCAGCUGGACAUAAUGAAAUUGUACAGAAGGAUAAAAAUGACAAGUUAAUGUUAGAAAUAGCUGACCUCCAGACACUGCUGAAAGCCUCAGAGCUGGAAAAACAGCAAUUACAGGAAGAAACAAAAAAGCUGAGAAGAGAACUAGAAAACUUUGGUCCUUCCUUUUUUGAAGAAAUUGAGGAUCUGAAAUAUAACUACAACAAAGAAGUAAAAAAAAAUAUUAUCUUGGAAGAGAGAUUACAGCAGCUUUCUGAAGAGUUUGGCAUUCAGCUGGAUAGCUCAGUCAAUGUUUCUAUUGAUUAGGGGCAGUGUUUAGCAUCCUUAGUACUGACAUAGAAGAGAAAUUCUGGAGCAGUUGCAUAAUACUGAUUUAUUUGUCUGGUAUUAUCUAGGAAUGAUACAAGUCUAUUAAGUUACGUUUUGGCACAUACCUAAGAGUGCAGAAGAGCUUAUUAUGGUCGGUAUUUAUAAACACCAGUCAAACUAAGUGAGUUUUACCUCUUCCAACCCCUUUAAAAUAAUAUAUUGUAAUUCAGAACAGUAACUUGGGUGAUACACAGGUGUCAAACAAAGUUGAAAUCUUGGACUUCUCAUAGAAGAACCUCUUAAAAUGUGCUAACUAUCCUAAGUUCCAGCUUUAAGAAUAUGUAAUUAGUUCUUAAUGUCCAGUGCUUUUGUAUUUUUAAACUGUGGAUUAAGGUCAAUGUGGUGGAUGUCUGUUCUUACAUCCCUGUUACUUUUACCUCACUUUUAGAAAAUCCAAGAAUUGAAAAUAAAGUUACAGCAUUUCUGACAAACUCAUGGUAUUUUUGUAGUAAAAUGAUUUUUUAUACUGUAUAUAGCACAGAUAAAAUAAAGCAAAUGCAAACAAUCAUGCAGUCUCAUCUUUAUUAUUUAUAUGCCAUCUUAUUUAAUAUGCCCUUGAUGGAGUUUCCUAGUUGAGAUACAGUCUGAAAAUAGGCAUUACUAAGCCAAGUCAUCUCUCUUAUAACUUACUAAGGUUCUCCAAAAUAGAACUAGUAUAUUUUCUAUCAUUUACCCUUUUUGUCCCAAACCAGUGGAAGUACUUGUAGGAUAGAGCAUAAUUAGGUUUUCAAGUAAUAGUAUAAUGCUGCUGCUUACCAGUUAAAUAAUACAGUGAAAAGCUUUCCUCCAAAAGAAAUUGUUAAAACUUGAGAAAAAAGAU